GUUUGACGGUAGAUACUACAUACCGACUACGUAAGCAACCAAGCAGCAGUGAGAGAUAGAGAUGGGACCGACGACGAAGCAGAUAGCGAGGACCGCGCGCGUCCAACCAAUCGCCGCCGCCAAGCCAGGCCCGAGCCGCCAGCACGUGCAGGUGGCGGUCCGCAUUCGGCCGAUGGGCAGCCUCGACCGUAUCGAGAGCGUUCUCAAGGCGCCGACGCACCCCCUCGUACUUGUGCCGAGUAAGAAGAAGCAACUGCAAUUCGAUUACGUUUUCGACGACACGGCGACCGACGCCGCCGUCUUUGCGCCGGUCGAGCCGCUCUUGGCCUCGUUUCUCGCCGGCUACAACGCGACUGUGCUCGCGUACGGCCAGACAGGCUCGGGCAAAUCGUACUCGAUGGGCAGCGACGGCGUGAAUCCCCGGGGCAUCAUUCCAUUGGCGCUCGAAGCCAUCUUUGCGCAGCUAAAGGGCGACGACGCAUGGGCUGCCCAUGUGACGUUUUGCGAAAUCUACGGCGACGACGUGCGCGAUCUCUAUGCCAAGCAGACGCUGCUCAAAGUCACGGAUGCACUGUCGCCCGUGAUCGUGCAGGGCGCUGACGACGGCCACCGGCGCCUCCUCGACGGCCUUCGACACCGCACGACGGCCGCGACCAAAAUGAAUGCUACGAGCUCGCGGUCCCACGCGAUCUUCACGUUGCAUUUGCAGCAGCGCAACGAGUGUCGCAGCUUGCGCUCCAAGCUCCAUUUUGUGGACUUGGCCGGCUCGGAGCGGCAAAAGAAGACGCUCGCCGAAGGUCUCCGGUUUCGCGAAGGGGUCAACAUCAACAAAGGCCUCCUCGCGCUCGGCAACGUCAUGAACGCGCUCAGCGAGAAGAAGGCGCACGUGCCGUACCGUGACUCGAAGCUCACGCGACUGCUCCAAGAUGCGCUCGGUGGCAACAGCCAGACAUUGAUGCUUGCCUGCGUGAGUCCUGCCAAGCGCCAUUUGAGCGAGACGCUGAAUUCGCUCGAGUACGCCCAGCGCGUGCGUAAAAUCUGCAACAACGUGUCGCUCAAUGCAGUGCAGUCGGACUCGCCGGCCAUCGCGGAGCUCCGCCGCCAGAUCGAUGCGCUCUUGCUCGAGAAGACCGCGCUUCAAUCGCAGCUCGUGGCCCUUGUCGCGCAGCAGCAGGCGACGCUCGGUCUCCCGAUCGCAUGGCACGCACGCCAAGUCCAUGCAUUCUUCCUUGAAGCGGCGCCGAUCGUCUGGGAUUUACUAUGCUCAGCGUCGCAACGGAUCGAGCGCAUCUCGGUCCAAACGGUGCUGGCGGUCGCGGCCCACCCGCGCGUGCGCAAGGCGAAGACCGACGUUCAGCGCCACCCCGUCGCCAGCGUUGUUGUCCUGUGGAUCGCCAACGUCGGCUUUGUCUUGAGCUGCAGCGCCAUGUACUGCGUCGACCUCGUACUGCCCCGCUUGCUCACCUAGUCGGCAACGGGUCUCGAUACAUUGAUACAAACAAGUUUAUAUUUAUCGUA